GAUUAUACUGACGACCUUCAAGUUUCGGAUCGCCGGCAUUUGGAAACCGGUCGCGCACCAUGCACCGCGAGUCGGAAUUCCUGGAUGAGCCCGUGCGCAUGGUGGGCCGUGGCAACUGGAAAGUUGACACGAAUGCGCGGUUGUCCGUCGCGGUCCACGAAAAUGACGAACCCUUUGUCCACACAUUCCGUCACAUCUGGCCGCUCGUCUUCGCCUUUGUGUUCCUCGGCGGCACGUCGUUUGGUAUUUCAGUCGUGGUCAAGAAGUACGAAAUCGAUCCGCUCUAUGGCAACUGGACCAUGGCCCAGUAUAAAGAAGACACAGUGCUCGGAGAACGAUGCCAGGCUGUGGAUCACGACAUGCCGUGGCGAGAAUUGAAGCGAAAGUUGUUAGGUUGCCGCCGCGGUCAGUACUAUGAUCCAUUGCAUGAUGACUGCGCCGAAUGCCCGGCUGAGUCGCCGAACGACAAGGUGUUUUCUGUAUUUUGGGAAACUCAAAGCAAUUGCCAGCAUCUGGUUGCGAACCCAAACACUCGGUUCGUCACGCACGUGAUGUGGUCGUUCGUGGAACCAGCUGAGGAUGGCGCGGUGCCCCUCCAGUUUCAGUACUGGAGCCAGGAGCACAUCAAAGACUGCAUUUUGCAGUUGCGCAUGAGGUGUAUCAAGAAUUUGGUUGCAAUCGGCGGGGCGUCGGCCCGCGAGCGAUUCCUCGGGCUCAAAGACCCUGCCAACCUCAAGCGGUUCAAGGAAUCUUCCAUGAAAGUGAUUAAAGAAUUUGGCUUUGACGGCAUCGAUGUCGACGAUGAAACGGGCAACAUGCGGGGAACCCAUCAGGACUGGCUCAAGUAUCAUGGACCCGUCGCUGUGAGCUAUCUGCAAGCGCUGCGACAAGGCCUCGAUGAAAUUCAACAGCCCACUGAACCUCGGUACAUUUUGUCGUGGGACGAGUUUCCGUCGUCGUGGGACCCUCCGAACGCAACCAACAAAGACUACCCUGGCUGCAUCAUCCACGAGGAAGGUCAAGACGGAUGGCAUCGGUGCUACGACCCACGCAUCACUGACUUUGUCGACAUGGUGAACGUCAUGUUUUACAACAUUAACGGAGGCAACUGGGUGUACGAGGUCGUGAUGAAAGACACGCUCCCCAUGAAAGCAACAAAGGUGAUCCCCACCAACAAGCUAAUCCUUGGCGCGUGUUCCGGCAUGGGGUGCGUCUUGGAGCAGCCAGCAGGGCAGGAAGUGUUCAAUGCGGGCAACGGGUCUGCCUACUACAAAGGCACGAUGUUGUGGAGUGGCACCAUCGACAUUCUAUUUGAAAACUCAUCCUGCAUGAGUCGGAUGGGCCGCGCAGGCAACUACGGCGUCAAAAUGCCAUUUCGAAGUCCCCUGAAUUAAUCUAGGUCUGCACCAAGCGAUAGUUCCUGCUAGUCAUAUAGGGUAAGAUGGGUUGCAUUCAAUGGACUACACCGUGUUACCAGCCAAGAAUCACACGAGAAAUGUCCGAAUGCAUGCUGAUCUCAUGGUGCAAACGUCAUCAACAUUAC